UGGUGAUAAUUGCGUCGCCUGUCGUCACAACUGUGCGUCGGAUAUUCUCUCCAACGUGUGGGACGGAUUUUACAUGUGCACGUUUAAUCUAACUACACAGUAGUUCUUGUGAAAAGGAAACAAUAAUUGGUGAGUAUGUGAGAAUUUGCUGCUUAACUCAGUACGAUCAGUUAUAAGUUAAGGUCCUAGUUUGCUAACAUGACAUGCGGAGUCAGUUUAUGGUGAAUAAUGUGUCGUUGUCGUCUUCUUGUCAUAGUUCUAUGCCUCUGAAAAAGUACAUGUGUUUGAUCACUGCGUAGUGCGUUCUUAGGGGUCGUUUUGCGUGCACACUGCAUUAAGUGUGAGUUCUGUAUCCAUACUCGGAGGUAAAUAAGCCCAAACUUUGUGUUAAGGAGAGUGUUUAUGGUAUCAGUACAACAUGUGGUAACCUACUGCGUGUAAAUUUGUCCAGUUAUUUAAUACAAGGAGUUGUGGUUCAUUCAUCGGAAACACUUACCUGAAGAAAACACAAAAUGGUUCUAAGGUAUCAUUUACUGUUUUUUAACUGUUGUCGAUUUUCCUAUGCUUUUUUUUUUUUUUUAGCUCAGAGUCAUGGGCAGAAAGUUAGAUCCCACCAGCCAGGUGAAGAGAGGCCCUGGGAGAAAAGCCAGGAAGCAGCAAGGAGCUGAGACAGAGUUGGUGAAGUUCAUAAAAGAUGGUGAAUAUUGUUCUUUUUACUCCAGCUAUUUAUGUUUUUUUUUUUUUUUAAAGUCUGUUGCAAACUUUGUUCUGAAUCUCAUUUGGAUGAUGUUUCUUUAAUUUCCAGAUGAAACUGAACCAAAACGUCUGUCAAGUAGGGCCCGAAAAAGGUAAAAGGUUGACAGGUUGUGCAAUAUAAAAUAACAUGGCUGUUUUACAGGGUACUGAUUUGAUUUGUCAUUUUUACAGAGCUGCAAAAAGAACCCAGAAAACUGAGGAAAAGCCCAAGAAAGGUAACCACAUCCAGGCAGUAAUGAUUUUUCUGUAUACACAAAAGUGUACAAUAACCCUCAAAGAUUGUACGCAUGAACAUUUGUUUGACUUGUAUGGAUGUGAUGUUCUUUUCUACAACUCUUUAAAGUCUGCUGUUUGUUGAAACAAUUUCGAGAUGUUGCUUAUGGUGAUUUAAGAGAAGCUCAGAAUUAUUUUUUGGUCUAUUUCGUUAUAAGAAAGAGUAGAAUUUCAAUCAUGUUGUCUUUCGAACUGUUGCUGCUCUUGUAUUUUGUGUCUCUAACCAGUGAAUCUUAAUUAGUAUUUGGUAUUCUCUUUCUGUUGUUCUGCAGGAUUCACUGACGAGAACAGUAAAUGGUUGAAACCUGCUAAGAGGAAGCGCAAAACCGAUGAACCUGAAAGUGAGGAUGACAGUGAUGAACACUGGGAGGAAGAGGAGGACGAGGAGGAGGAAGAACAGCCGCAGCAGCAGAAGAAGGCUGGAAAAGAACAAGGAAAGAAGGAUGCCAAAGUAGCAGUCAAAGACACAGAGGAAGAGGAUGAUAAUGACAACAAAGAGGAGGAGGAUGAUGACGACAACGAGGACGAUGAUGAUGAUGAUGAUGAUGAUGAAGAAAUGGUUGAUGACUAUGGUACUGUUGAUGACGACAAUGAGGAAGAAGCAGUAGAGGAAGACAGUGAUGAAGAGGAAGUAAGUGAAAGGCUUCUUCCAAUUGACCCCAUUGUUAUGUUUCUUGUAUCUAAUCGUCUUAACUGGACUAAAGCAGUUAUACACAUGUCAACAUGCAGCCUAUUCAAAAACUGCCACUCUACUUUUCCUAAAUUUGGUUCAGAGAUUCAAGGUUAGGUGAUUAUUGGUCGAUGCAAACACUUUGAAUUCAGUGUCUCUCUCAGCAUAGAGUGUGUGUGUUUCCUGUGAUAACUGUUCCGCUGAUGUUUUUCCUCUAUUUUACACAUUUAGCUUCUUCCCAUCGAGCGUGCAGCCAAGAAAGAGAAAAAACAAAAGGAAACCAUGCCUCCUGAAAGUGAUGAAGAAGACGAAGAAGGAGAUGAUGAUGAUGAUGAUGAUGAUGACGACGAUGAUGAAGAUGAUGGUGAUGAAAAGCCAGAUGAUGACAUGGAUGAGGAAGACACAGUUCAAGCCAACAUAGAUGAAAUGGAUCAGUUUAGGUUACCAGGGGCAGAGGAAAGCGAGAAGGAAGGUCAGUGUCCUUUUCUUUUUUUAAUCUGGGAUUUUCUUUGUUUGAAGUUGAAAUUGAAAUGAAUUUGAAGAAACUGAAAAUCCAUUUCAUAUUUAUAUUUUAGGUAUCCUGCCAGUAGACUUGAAAACAAUCUAUCAGAGGAUAAAAGACAACAUUGAUGUCCUUUGCAAUUUCACAACAAAGAGAGAGGAAGGGAGAGAAAGAGCAGAGUACAUCUCUCUCCUGAAGAAGGAUCUCUGUACUUAUUACAGCUACAAUAACUUCCUUAUUGAGAAGUUAAUGGACCUCUUCCCUCUUUCAGAGGUGGGUGAAUACUGCGCUCUUUAUUCCUUUGGACUCAGGAAAGUAAAUCCUUGAGGUCAAACUCUGAUAUCCCCACCUUUCCUUUAAUUUGUCAAAUGUACAAAUCUGUAAUAGUUUAAAAGGUAUCUGUUGUAAAGACCUGUUCACGAUCCUACGUUUCUUCUUUAAGUCAUGAAUGCUUUUUGUUAUUUACAGCUGGUUGAUUUCCUUGAGGCCAACGAAAUUCAGAGACCCGUCACUAUUCGGACAAACACUCUAAAAACAAGGAGGCGGGACCUUGCACAGGUAACUGCGUUGGCUGGCUUUAAAUCACAUUCGUCAAUAAAUAUAGUCUUUGAAUGAUAAUGUGACAACCAAUGAAGACUACACCUGGAGUAAAAUUUUCAGAAUAAAAUGAUCAGGGCAUGAAGUCAAAUUUUGAAGAACUACUUCAGUUACUUGAAUUAAUUUAAAACACAAAAGUUUGGCUUAAGUUUUGAACACAUUAUCAACUCAGAAGCCACUAGUAAACUUGAAAAAAGAUCAACCUCAAUAAAUGACCUAAGUAGAAUCCUCCAGUGCUAAAAACCACUCACUGAUACACGAGUUGACCUACAAAUUCUGUGUCUGUAGGCCUUGAUCAACAGAGGAGUGAACCUCGAUCCACUGGGGAAAUGGUCCAAAGUUGGUCUGGUCAUCUAUGACUCCUCCGUACCAGUUGGUAUGUUCUUAAACAUUUGUGCCAGCUGUGUUGAGCAUUAAAGAUCUCUGUUUGAUAGUAAAAAGGCAGAAUGUAAAAAACUAACCUCAACUCUAAUUCUGUAAAAACAGGUGCAACUCCUGAGUAUCUGUCAGGUCAGUACAUGCUGCAAGGAGCCUCAAGUUUUCUGCCAGUGAUGGCGCUCUCUCCUCAGGAGGGAGAGUUAGUGUUGGACAUGAGCUCAGCUCCAGGAGGCAAAACGACAUAUAUCGGUAAGAUGCACUGCAGUUACACUUGAAGUAAACAAGUAUUUUUCAGCUGUUUUACACCACUUAAUGUAGAUAUGGGCUACACACACCUAACUUUUCCAAUGCUUAUUAAUGCGGAGAUCAUUUCCACAUUUAAUAAAUGGAUUCAUUUGUCUGAUAUCUGGUAGCAUUACUCAUUUAAGUUCCUUGUUUUGUGGAUCAACAGUCCGCAACCCAAAGAUAUUAGAUUCUGUGUGGUAGAUGACAAAAAGAAAGUCAAUUCCUACAUGUUGAAAAAUGACAAAAAAAACAGAAGGAUUAGCAAUUUAUAAAGACUACACAAUUAUACAUUUAUCCAAAAACAGUCAAGUUCAAACUUUGAAAACUGAAUGUGCUUUUUCUAUUGUAGCCCAGCUGAUGAGAAACACUGGUGUGAUAGUUGCCAACGACGCUAACGCUGACAGAUUAAAAAGUGUUGUGGGGAACAUCCACCGCCUGGGAGUCACCAACACUGUUGUAUGCAACUAUGAUGGAAGACAGUUCCCAAAGGUAAAAUUUACUGAAAAUUGUUUUGUCUAUGGUUGAUCAUUACUCCAAAGUUUCUUAGCACCCUGACUGGAAGAAAUUUUCUUGCAGGUGAUGGGCGGGUUUGACAGAGUUCUGCUUGAUGCUCCCUGCUCUGGCACAGGAGUCAUCGCUAAAGAUCCAGCUGUGAAAACCAGCAAGGUACAAUCAACUCACUGUUUAAAUAAACACACAUGAUGAUGUUUGGCUGCACUUUUAAGAUGCAUUGAAUUGAUUUUCCUUUGUUCCUUCUCAUUUUCUGGCAGGACGAUGCAGACAUCCAUCGGUCUGCACACCUGCAGAAAGAAUUGAUUCUAUCUGCCAUUGACUCAGUCAAUGCUGAGUCCCCAACAGGAGGAUACCUGAUCUACUGCACAUGCUCAAUAAUGGUAAGUGCACUGCUUAGCAAUCCUUUUUUUAAAUAGUAAUUCUCAUUCUUUGGUUGAUUUGCAAGUGUUUUUUUAAGUUGAAGAAAUAUGGUAAAAUGUGUGUUCUCAGGUGGAGGAGAAUGAGUGGGUGGUGGACUAUGCUCUAAAGAAAAGAAACGUCAAAUUGGUUCCCACAGGACUUGAUUUUGGCAAGGAGGGUUUUACAAGGUAAGAAAGAUGACCAGUGUGUGUUACCGAAAGGCAAAUACUCUGAUCAUCAACCCUAAAUGUAUUUCCUCCUCCUUUAAGGUUCAAAGAACGAAGAUUUCACCCGUCUCUGCGACUGUCCAGGCGAUUUUACCCUCAUUCCCACAAUAUGGAUGGGUUUUUUGUGGCCAAGUUAAAGAAGUUCUCUAAUGUUAUUCCAGCUGCCCAAACAGGAAAAGGUAACACUUUCUAUCACAAACACAGGCACAAGUGAACUUCCAAAACGGGGGUGUCUUUGUUUAACUUACGCAUUCUGUUGUUUGUCUUAUUUAGAAGAAGACAGUGCAGAUGCUCCUGAUGCAACAGUUAUCACAGACCUUCCUGAGGGGAAACCAUCUAACAGUGGUGUGCAAAAGAAGACCAACCUUGGCAAGGCAGGCAGCUUGAAGGAAAAAACUCCAGUCAACGGAACCACGGCCAAGAAAGCAGAAAAUGCCAAGCCAAAAGGCAAAAAGGACUCACCUGCUGGACCAAAGAAGGCCAAGAUUGCCAAAAUGGAUGGAGGGACUGUGAAAGGUGCAAAGGCACAGAAGGCUGCAUCAAAGUCUGCUGACGAAACAAAAGCAUCAAAGGCUGACAAAAAGGACAGCAGCAGAUUUGAGAAAAAACAGGGCAAAAAGACAAAAUCACCCAUGAAGGCACAGAAGAGACUAGGAAAGAACAAGUUCAGAAAACUGAAGCACAUGUUGCAACAACAAGAAAAAGAGUGAUGUUCACCAUGUGAUACAGUGUCCUUAGAUUAGGAAAAUAGUCCAAAUAGACCCAGAUCACCACAGCUAACCGUCCUCAGGUUAGUGCCCUCUGUUGUUUUUGGAGCCGCAAUAUUGUAUAUGUGAGCCAGAUAAGGUCAUAAUGCUUUUGUUCUAAUGAUUUGUACUGGUCAAUGCUGGUUUCACUGGGUGUGGGUCCUAACGUUCCUUAUUUGUAACACAGAAUACUCAGUAUGCUUGUAUGAUGACAUAAUUGCAGGAAAUGAUAUGUUCUGUGAAACAUAAUAAAUGUUUUAUGAUA